AUGCCGUGCUGUUCAAACAUGGGUCGCCAAACGUCCGAUAUUUGGGACGAAUUUUACUGUGAGAUCGGGGAAAAUAACAAGAGAGUGAAGGCAACCUGCAAGCACUGUGGGAAGACCCAAGCCCCAAACGCCACACGCUGUACGAAUCAUAUCAAAGGUUGCAUGAAAUGUCCUGCUGUUGUACGGGCCUUGUACAGUAAUAAGUCACCGGGGGUUCCCCUCAGUGUAAUUGUCGAAGAGGACGUGGACUCACCAUCUACCAGCGGAGAAGCUUCAACUGCACACACCACCCCAGCAGCGAAGCGCCCUGGCGCCGCAUUGGAGACGACACCGUCUACCUCGACCAAGGAGAAGGGCCAGGGGGACGGUCCGCCGACUGCCAAGCGUCAGAUUCUCUCGUUUGUGGACAAGAUUUCAAAAGAGGAAAAGGAUAAAAUAGAUCAAGCUCUCGCCGCAGCGAUCUAUGCGAACGGACUUCCGCUUUCGACAUUUGAAAAUGUGCACUUCCAAAGAGCGCUAAGCUUACUGAGGCCUUCAUACGGAAAACCACCGUCUAGGUUCAAGUUAGGCGGCACACUGCUGGACAGAGAAUUCGCUCUUGCGGAAGCCAAAGUCAAGUCAGCAAUUCAAGAAAGUGACUGUGUUGCUUUGAUGGCGGACGGUUGUGCCACCGUCAAUAGAGAGCACGUUAUUAAUUUCAUAGUCACAACUCCUCAACCAAUGCUGUACACUUACAAGGUCAUGGGGACCGAGAGAGAGACUUCGGAGUUGAUAGCUACAGAAUUUAUAACUGUUCUAAAUGAAAUAGGCCCUAACCGCUGUUACCUUCUAGUUACUGAUAAUGCUUCUGUUAUGACUGUGGCCAUGGGAAUAGUAACUUUGGAAUUCCCUCAUAUCACAGCAGUGGGGUGUGCUUCCCACUGUUGGAACCUGCUAUUCAAAGAUCUUAUGGAACUGAACACUCUGCACAAGCUGUUUAUGAUAGCUAAGUCCAUUGUAAAAUCAAUCAGAAAUGUUUAUGUAAAUCAUGCAACUUUCAAGCUAAAACAGAAGGAAAAGUAUGGGGACGGUUGUGUUACUCUGAAGUUACCAGCAGCCACUAGGUGGGGUGGAGCUGUGAUAACAUUCAAUUCACUUAUAAAAAAUAAGGCAGCCAUACAGGAAACUGUUGUAAAUGAGGACUUAAAAUUUUCUGAUUCUGUGCGAACUUGGUCUCUAGACAAUGUUAGAUUCUGGGAUAGGGUUAAAAUAGCAAUUGAUAUGCUAAAGCCCUUACAUGGCUGUAUUACUUUGAUUGAGUCAAACAAAGCCCUGCUUUCAGACGUCUUUUUUUUGCAAAAAAAGUACACACAGGCUCUCCUAGACAAUCUCACAAAGUUGCCUUUCAAAACUAGGGAGAAAAACCUUGUGAAAAGUUAUCUUGAGGAGCGCGAAGUUUUCACAAUUAGGACAAUUCAUAAGGCAUGUUUUCUGCUGGAUCCUAGGUACCGGGACAAGCACGACUUGCUUGAGCCUGCAGAUAUAGUUUCUAUUAUUGAAUUCAUUGGUACGAUGUGUAAGCACAUCGGUCUCGACGAAGGUGCCGUCAUCGCCAGUCUGGCUGCAUUCCGCACUCGAACAGGGUUCUUCGCUCACGAAGGUGUAUGGCGAGCGGCCGACACCUGCGUCCCCAAUGUGUGGUGGGCAGGAGUGUGUGCCACUGAGCCCAUAGCGCCCCUCGCUCGCCGGAUUCUGAGUCUGCCACCCAGUGUCGCAGAAUGCGAGCGCAACUGGAAGCUCCGCAAGUUUAUUCAUAGCAAGACACGCAACCGACUCCUGAACGAGCGCGUGAGGAAGCUGGUGGCGACCAAAGCUGCUCUGAAGGAGCCAUCAUCGAAGCCGGCCACCGUCACUCCCUUCUUCACCGUGGCGGACAUCGAUGCUUACUUUGAGAACUACCUGCCAGCGAGGGCCGCCGGAGCACCAGAAGAGGGGCCUGAAGAUGAUGAGCACACCGAUGACGGCGACGUCAACUUCGAGGAGGAAGACUCAGAAGAUGAUGAUUAUAAUGACCGGGACUAUGAGAAUAUCAGUGACUGGAGUGACGGCGAUGACGACGACAGUGGUGCCCGCCUGAAACAUUUUAUAAACUACGACCAAGCAAAACACAAGGGAUGCAAAUCAAAAACAGUUUUAGUUACAAAUGUAUCAUCUGCUAAUAACGAUGUAAAAGCAGCAUUAUGUAACAAUUUCAAGCUUAAAAUGACUUCAGCUCAUAGCAGCUCCCAACGCUUUAACCCAUGCCUUUCUAGGUUUGGGACCAAUGUGGAAGAAGAGCGGCUGCUGCAGCUGUGA